UAAUAAAAAAGCCCCUUUUUUCUUUUUGAUUUUCUGGCUAGAGUAACACCUGGGCAUAGAAAACCAAAAGAUUUGAUAAAACGACAAAAAACCUCCCCAAACUUUUUCAGAAAUAUCUGCAACACAGUUCGUUCAAUUAUUACCGGAAAUGGCCGGUCAUCCUCCGGUUUCUCGAAACCCUAGGAUCACCGGAUCAGUUUCUCCAUGGGAAGAGAGAGAAAUAUACCAGAGAUAAAAAAUUUGUAACAAAGGUUUUGUUUGAGUUGAUACUUUUGAAAGUGAGUAAGAAAGAUUGGGUCGUAUCGUAUGCACCCCAUACCCAAAAUCUCAAUAUUUCAAACGUAUCACCGCUAUUGCUAACCUGGGCCAGCUCUCUCUUCUCUGCCAUGUUUUCAGCUUCAGAGGAAGAUCAUGAUAACCUUUCCUUUCAUCGUUUACAAUUUUCAAUAAUCCAUGCCUUUCUCUCUCACUGUUAUUUCUCUCUCUCUUUUUAAUGAUCGUCAAAUUCUUCUUUAAUAUUCUGGCCAAAAUAUAACCUUGUAAAAAAUCAAGCAUAUACUCUUCUUCUUCUUGUUAAUUUUUUUGUUGCUGGUUCUCUUGCUUUACUCAUCUUACUCGUUUUCAUAUAUAUAUUUUUUAAACUCUGUAAGUGUCUCUCUAGUGUUUUAGCUAGGGAGGGUUUUUUUUUUUUUUUUUUGUGUGGCUAUGGCGGAGGGUUUCGAGCCUUAUCAUGUUCCACAACAAAGCAGAAGAGAUAAGAUGAGAAUUGUGGCUCAAAACCACCCAGCUUGUGUUGACUCAACGGCUGUUGCUGUUUCAGGUUGUUCAGGUUUACUUCCUUUGUACGACCCUUCUCUUCUUUCUUCCGAUUUGUUAACUUGCGUUGCCAAUAACGCUAGUGCUACUGCUGGUAGCCAUGAUUUUCACCAACAGACCAACCAGCUUUCUGCUUCGGCUUCUGGUAAAACCGGUCCCGUUUGUGUUGUUAAAGACGGUGUGAAUUUCAUGGGCUUUGUUGGUCGGCAUGUUAACGGUUCUUCUUCUUCUUCUUCUUCUUCUUCUUCCUCAACUUCUCAUCACCCUUAUUUGGAUCCACAAUCGUCUCUACCAUUGAAUCCUAGCUCGAUUCAAGAUAUGAAUAACAACCCUUUUCUUUAUACGCCGCCAAACCUUCAUAACCGAAGAGAUUUUGAUCAGUGUGGUGAAGUCGUGGUUUAUAAACCCAAACCUUUGAAUCGUGAGUCUAGUACCACUGGUCAAGGCUUGUCUCUUUCUUUAUCUUCCCAUAACACCCAACAAAACAAUCUUCCUUUGGAGCUAAAUGUACAAAGAUACGAGUCUGCUAUCUAUAUUGAUAAGGUUACUUCCAGUGGAUAUAUGGUUCCAAGCAUUAUUGGUGCUAGUGCUUCUACAACGAAUGAGGUUUCCAGGAGCUCGGUCCGUCUCGGGCCUUUCACGGGUUAUGCUUUGAUUUUGAAGGGAUCGAGGUUUUUGAGGCCUUCACAACAGUUAUUAGAAGAACUUUGCUAUGUGGGUAGGGGAAUUUACCCUGAAAAAAUUAGUCCCGAUUCUUCUUUGAUGGAGCCUCCAUUGCAGAAUUUGAGUGCUACUGGAAUUAUUAAUGAUCCUCUUGGAGGGGGAGAUGGUGGUGAGAGUAGAAGAAAGAAGUCAAGGCUAAUUUCAAUGCUAGACGAGGUUUACAGUAUGUAUAAGCAAUACUAUCAACAGAUGCAAGCUGUAGUUGCAUCGUUUGAAUAUGUUGAUGGACUGGGCAAUGCAGCUCCAUAUGCAAAUUUGGCUUUGAAAGCCAUGUCUAAACAUUUCAGGUGUCUGAAAAAUGCAAUCACCGACCAACUUCAGUGCACUAAUAAAGCUCAUGGUCAGAUAAGCCCUGGGAAAGGUGAGGGUCCAAAGUUUGGAAGCACAGACAGAAGUUAUAAUCGACCUGUUCAUAACUCUGGGUUCCUUGAGCACCAACCAGUUUGGCGGCCUCAACGAGGCCUUCCUGAGCGUGCAGUAACCGUACUUAGAGCAUGGUUAUUUGAACACUUUCUACACCCUUAUCCAACCGACACAGACAAGCUAAUGUUGGCAAAACAAACUGGCCUGUCACGUAGCCAGGUCUCAAAUUGGUUUAUAAAUGCAAGAGUAAGGCUUUGGAAGCCGAUGGUGGAAGAAAUACACAUGCUAGAAACACGACAAGCUCAAAAAGCUGUGCAAAAGGAGGACGGGAAUGCCAACAAGUCAAGUGCUCAUUUGUCUUCGGCGAACUCUCUGGCAUCUGAAGAUCCAUCUACCUCCACCCAGAAGGUUCAAUAUAUCCCAUCCAAUUGCACUAGAAGUGAACUUCCAGAUAUGCCCAUGGGAAGUGAACCGCAUAACUUGUCUUACAACAGCUUGCCAAGCCAACCCCAUGGUGUUGGCGUUAGCAUGGCAAGUGGAAGUGGUGGUGUUUCCUUAACACUGGGUCUUCAUCAGAAUAAUGGUAUUGGCUUAUCACAGCCGUUUCCUAUAAAUGGAGCUCAGCGUUUUGGCCUUGGCCUUGAAGUAAGCAGUGAUGGGUAUGUUAUUGGUGGUUUUGAAGCACAGAGUCGGCAUUUUGGAAGGGAUAUCAUCGGAGGGCAGCUUUUACAUGAUUUUGUGGGUUAAUGAAAAAUGUUCAGAGUAAAAACUCUGGUCAUUAUUUAAUUGAAUAAUAUAUUAUACUAACGAAAUUUCACGUAGAUAAACAGAAUGCAAAGCUGAAACAGUAGUCUAAAUGAUUGUCCUCUUUUACGGUGUAAUUGGACUAUGCCAUCAAAUUACGGUGUAUAUUUUCUUAAAGAAAUAUCUACCGACAUUGGUGUAAAUUUCAAAGGUAAAUUUAUAGUUUACAUGAUGAAUCAUACGUUU